AUGGUUGUGGUUUCCUUUAAGGGGAGGGGGGGGGAAAUAACAAGGAAAGGAAAGGAAAAACGUAACUUCUCUUUCCUCUGCUUCUUCACAUUUUCUUAUACUUUAUUAACUCGGUUCUUCAAUUUUAGGAAACAAAGGAGACUUCAACCGAGUGAAGGAAAUCACCGGUUUCGCAAGGAUUCCAGUGGACGGUUCAGUAACAUAGCGAUGGGACGCAAUAAGAAAAAGAGCAAAGCAGCGCUGCACCAUGAGUCGGAAGAAGAUGCAUUAGAUGAGGAAGAACAACAGCAAGCGCCUCAGGUGGAACAGGACCAGUCACGUGACGAAGCGGAAGACGCGCCCAAUGCGGAGGAUCCGGCUCCUAAGAAAAAAGAAUACCGUGGGAAUAAACUCAACAAAACUCAGGGUGGAAAGGGUGGGAAAAAAAAUAAGGGAAAUGGUCAGGAGCCGAAUGCUGCCGAGGAGAAAGCUGCUGCUGAUCAAGAGAGAGUAAAUAAUAAUAAAGAAGAAGCACUGCUCCCUUCUGGAGGAGAGGAGGAGGCACUUGCACAGAAACUUACUGAGGGAAUGACUGUCACGCGAUACGAACCAGUGGAUGUGCUUUACUGCCCCAUUUGCACAUUUCCAGCAGAAAUGUGUGAGUUCAGUGGGAUGUAUGAACAAUGUCGCCCGUGGUUGCUUGAGCAUGCCAAGGAACUCGCAGAGGCUGAGGAACGGGGUCGGAAGAGGCGGGUGCUGACGGAGCGGGAACGGCUUGAGCGCCUUGUAAAAGGAAGCGGAAAUAAGAAAGGUAUUGAGCGUAUUGUUCUUAUUGAGGUUUCACAGCGUAAAAAUAAGAAGAUGACGACAACGGUGAAGGGUAUGGACUUGUUCGGUUUAAACCUGAAAGACCUUUCGAGGGAGUGGAAAAAGAUGUUUUCUUGCGGUGCUGGUGUCACAACUUCUGAAGAGUUAAAGCAAAGCAUGAUUGACAUUCAGGGAAAUGUGGUCGAGCAGCUGGUCGAGAUGCUACCCGGGAAAUAUAACAUACCCAAGGAUGCAAUUUACAAAAUGGAGGACAAGAAGAAGGUCAAAUGUUACGGAAACUAG